AAAGACAUGUUUGCCCUUCCCAACCUCGGCAAGUCGGCAUCAUAACUUGGCUUUGUCUUUCUAGACAUAAUAAAAUCUUAGUAUCUAUAGCAUAAAUUGGAUUGCAUAUUCGUUGACACAUUUUGUUUUUGUUUUAAAAUAUUCAUAUUUUUUGUUCAACAAGAGAGUGACACGUGCAUAGGAAGAGAGAGAGAGAGAAAAGGAUGAAUUUUUUAGCCGAAGACAUCUAAUUUCCAGGUUCCACACCACGCUGUUCCUCAACAACUCCACGUCUCUGCUCCUGUUUGAUUCUGUUGUCUAUAGUUUCAGCAAAAAGAGGGGGGGAAAAUUAAAAAAGAAAAAAAAAAUGAAGCAUCAUCAUCAUCUUGUUGUUCUUCUGCUCUUGUUGGUCUGUGGAGUGACCCUAUCAGUAUCUGAGUCGGAGUCCUAUUCUCUUAAGCCUCAUAUUGCCGAGUCUUUCAAUGUCAGCUAUCUUCAGCUGAAGAGCCAGGGGAGUUGCUCUUACACGGUGGUUAUAUCUACUAGUUGUUCUUCUCCUUCUUAUACAAGGGAUCAGAUCAGUAUUUCUUUUGGGGAUUUUUAUGGCAACCAGAUAUACGUACCAAGAUUGGACGAUCCAGCUUCAGGUACAUUCGAGCGCUGUUCUUCAGAUACCUUUCAGAUAAAAGGUCCUUGCGCGUAUCAGAUAUGUUAUGUUUACUUAUAUAGAUCCGGCCUAGAUGGUUGGAUGCCGGAGAGUGUGAAAAUCAGUGGUUACUACGGCAAGCCUAUUACUUUCUAUUACAACACAUUCAUCCCCAGAGAUACAUGGUAUGGUUUUGAUUGGUGCAAUGCUGCUUCUUCUUCAUACCACCUCUCUUCUCAGAAAUGGCUUCUAUUUUUGAUUCUGGGAUUUGUUCUUCAUUUUUGGUUGUAAUAAGCAUCACUUGCAGAAGAAAUAGUGGACCUAUAUAUGAAAAACCUUUAGAGUUUGGACAAUGCAGUUAGUUAUAUUGGCUUUCUUGUUUAAA